AUGCAGAAGGAGGAGCAGCACCUUCCAGUGAGGCGCUUUGACCCCCUGGGGGGCAAAGGAUCAACACGAGAGGAGCAGCAAGAGGAGGAGCAGCACCUUCCAGAUCAACACAAGGAGGAGCAGCAAGAGGAGGAGCAGCACCUUCCAGUGAGGCGCUUUGACCCCCUGGGGGGCAAAGGAUCAACACAAGAGGAGCAGCAAGAGGAGGAGCAGCACCUUCCAGAUCAACACAAGGAGGAGCAGCAAGAGGUGGAGCGGCGCCUUCAAGUGAGGCGCUUUGACCCCCUGGGGGGCAAAGGAUCAACACAAGAGGAGCAGCAAGAGGUGGAGCGGCGCCUUCAACCGCGAGACUUCAAGACCGGAGCAGAGGAGGCGCAGAGGAGAGGAGGCGCGGAGGAGAGGAGGCGCGGAGGAGAGGAGGCGCGGAGGAGAGGAGACGCGGAGGCGUGGAGGCGAGGAGCAGCGGAGGCUAAGGAGAAUUCCCUGCCAUUGAACUGCCGGAGAUGCAUCUUUGGGGACGGAGCAGCAGACGAGGAGGAGCAGGGGAGAUGCAUCAAAGGAGGAGGACCAGAGGAGAGCAGAGCUGCACUGGCCCCCACCGCUGCUGGCCUUAUGGAGGGGGGAAGGCGCCAAGGAGACGACUGGCAGCUGCUGGGAGCAGAAGAGAAGGCCAGGUGCUAUCUCCCUCGCUCCUACCUCCCGCCCAUGAGCUGCAUCAGAGGUGGGGCAGAUGAGAUGCAUCAGAGGAGGAGGAGCAGAGGAGAUGCAUCAGAGGAGGAGGAGCAGCGGAGAUGCAUCAGAGGAGGAGGAGGAGCAGAGGACAAGCAUCAUCAGAGGAGGAGCAUAGUAUCUGAGGAGGAGGGGCAGAGGAGAUGCAUCAGAAGGAGGAGCAUAGGAGAUGCAUCAGAGGAGGUGGAGCAGAGGAGAGGAGAUGCAUCAGAGGAGGUGGAGCAGAGGAGAUGCAUUAGAGGAGGAGGAGCAGCUGAGGAGUGGAGGCUUGCGAAAGAUCGAAGGAGCAAAGGAACAGAGGAGGCAAAGGAGAAUCCCCUGCCACUGCUGGUGAGGAUCUCCGUUCCUGCUCUCGAUACAUGGCCGUUGCAUCAUUCACUGCGCAUUUGUUCUCCGUCCAACCUUGGCACUGGCAGCCGACGGGUCGGAGCAGCAGAGGAGACGGCGAAGCAGAGGAGAGGAAGGAGAGGCAAAGGAGAUGAUGGAGAAGAGGAAGGAGAUGGAGCGCUGAAGAGACAUGGAGCAGAGGGCACGGAGGAGAAGGCAGGAGGGCGGAAGGCCAAAGGAGCAGAGGAGCAGAGAACCGCACAGCUGCGAUUUCCCCCAAGGCUGCUGGCCGCACGGAGGGUAGAAGCUGCAGUCAGUGCCUUGCACUCAUCUGCCCUGAUUUCUUCUCCUCCCAUUCCACAGAAGGACACAGAGGCGAGGGAGCAGCAGACGAGACGGAUCAGCAGUGGAGAUGCAGAGCAGACGGCUGCUACAGGCGAGCAGAGCAGACGGGUGGACUGCCAUGAGCGGGCCAGCGAGCUGUACCUACCUUUACCUACCUUUUGCCGAGGAGCUGUGCAGGGGAUGAUGCAGCUGUGCAGGGGAUGA